AUGCUAGACCGGAGAGAGAAUGUCGAGCCACGUCAUACCAAUACCUGCCAAUGGAUUUUGGACUUGGAAAAGUACCAAUCCUGGAUCAGCAAGUCCCGCGGUCUACUAUGGAUCAAGGGCAAACCGGGCGCCGGCAAAUCGACAUUGAUGGUAUUCCUACACGGCAAACUCAAGAGAUUACAGAACGGCAAACCGGGCAUCCAGCUCGACUUUUUCUUUACUGCUCGAGGCACAGAGAUGCAACGUACACCACUAGGCAUGCUUCGAUCUUUACUGAACCAACUGUUUGAUCGCGAUGCGACCGUACGCCCUCGGGUACGCGAGACCUAUGAGCAACGAUGUAGGCAGUUUGGGUACGGUGAAGGCAAGUGGAAAUGGCCACAAGCGGUGCUAGAAGAGUUACUGGCAGGUGUCAUCCUGGAAUCCACUAGUCGACAACAUGUAACGAUUUUUGUCGAUGCUCUGGAUGAGACCGGAGCUGAGUCUGCUCAACAACUCGCAGCAUAUUUCCAUCGACUUAUUGACCGAGCAGGAGAAAAGAACGCUGCUCUUCGAAUCUGCAUUUCAUGUCGACACUAUCCUAUCAUAGGAAUUGCCCAAGCUAUGGAGAUACAUGUCGAACAGCAUAAUCACGAGGACAUUGCUACAUACAUCAAGGACAUACUUGCCGAGACAGAUGUCGAAGACAACCCUAGCGAAGACAUGCGACAGGCUCUGAUGGAAAAACUAAUCCAGCAAGCUAAUGGUGUGUUCCAAUGGGCUCGUCUCAUAAUGCCUCUUGCCAGGCAGAGGAUUUGUGAGGGGGAGUCGUUUGAUGACAUCUGUUGCUGGUCACGGGAGGUCCCGGUCGGGCUGGAAGAUGUGUAUAUGUACAUCCUGAACAAUGUGAUAGAAGUGCGGAAUUUGGAGCAAUCGUUUCUCCUGUUUCAAUGGGUGUGUCUGGCAGAGCGUCCACUGACCGUGACAGAAAUGCGGUAUGCCUUGGCAGGCAAGAAUGCCCAAAUAACGCGCGCCCCAAAGAAAUGGGAGAAGAUCUAUGGUUUUAUUGAAAGCGACGAACGCAUGAAGCGAAGGAUCAAGGCCCUUUCUGGUGGGUUAGCGGAAGUCGUCUCAAGCAGGGAUUUGAGCGUAACUGUCCAGGUGGUACACCAGUCGGUCAAUGAUUUCUUGCUCGCAAAAGGGCUAGCUGCUUUGAGAGAAAACAUCGGCGCUAGCAGUCUAGUCUUACAAAGAGAAGAGAUCAUAUUACAAUGUCAGGCAAAUCUCUACCGAUCUUGUCUUGUUUAUCUAGCCUUACUCCGUUUACGCGAAGAUAUUUCAAGUGAUUCCCCGGAGACGAGAAAGGACCUUAUCCGGAACCACCCAUUACUUGCUUACGCCACUAUCAACCUCUUUAUCCAUGCGCAAAAGGCUGCUCACUCUCGUGCGCUCAUACUACUGAAUGAACAAGAUAUCCUACAGCAAGUGAUAGGUCAAUGGGUCCAUAUUUACCGAAUCGUCGACCAAUUCAACCCGGCGUGCCCUCUGAAAAGUACUACACUCAUUCAUAUGGCGGCAGCUGCGAAUCUCGUUGAUAUUAUAGAGCGUAUGUCUUUAAACAGCGAAGACGUGGCGAGGAAAGACGAAGACGGAAAUACAGCUUUCCAUUUAGCAGCGCGACACGGUCAUAUAAUAGGGGGAAAGAUCUUGCGUAAGACAACUGCAGACUGUGAAGCAAUAAAUAGAGGAGGAAAAACGCCAUUGAUCGAGGCGGCUAGCUAUGGGCACACAGAAUUUGUCGAAUGGCUCCUGCUUGAAGGUGUGAGUCUUGAAGCAACAAUGGUCAGAGCAGCAAGUGCUCUACAAGCAGCCUCGUUGGGAGGACAUCAGAGCGUUGUUGAAAUAUUGCUUGGAGCUGGCGCUGAUGUCAACGCCCAGGGUGGUGCAUACGGCAAUGCCCUACAGGCUGCUGCUGUAUACGGGAAAAGCAGUGAGAUCGUGCAGAUGCUCCUCGACGCUGGCGCCGAUGUCAACGCCCAGGGUGGUGAAUACGGCAAUGCCCUACAGGCUGCUGCUGCAUACGGGAAAAGCAGUGAGAUCGUGCAGAUGCUCCUCGACGCUGGCGCCGAUGUCAACGCCCAGGGUGGUGAAUACGGCAAUGCCCUACAGGCUGCUGCUGCAUACGGGAAAAGCAGUGAGAUCGUGCAGAUGCUCCUCGACGCUGGCGCCGAUGUCAACGCCCAGGGUGGUGAAUACGGCAAUGCCCUACAGGCUGCUGCUGCAUACGGGAAAAGCAGUGAGAUCGUGCAGAUGCUCCUCGACGCUGGCGCCGAUGUCAACGCCCAGGGUGGUAUAUACGGCAAUGCCCUACAGGCUGCUGCAUACGCGGAUCGCAGUGAGAUCGUGCAGAUGCUCCUCGACGCUGGCGCCGAUGUCAACGCCCAGGGUGGUGAAUACGGUAAUGCCCUACAGGCUGCUGCAUACGCGGAUCGCAGUGAGAUCGUGCAGAUGCUCCUUGACGCUGGCGCCGAUGUCAACGCCCAGGGCGGUAUAUAUGGAUCAUCUCUCUUGGCAGCUGUUUAUCUGGGCCAUUUUAAUCAAGUUCAAAUCCUUCUUGACGCUGGCGCAAGUGCGUUGCUUGCAAAUGAACUUGACCAGACUCCUCUUCAUAUUGCCGCUUCAAAAAAUAGGCUCAACCUUCUCCGUCGGUUCCCUCAGCUCCUCUCCCCUAUCAACAACCGGGACAAGCUUUCCCAAACUCCCAUUCAUCUGGCUAUUUGUCUCGGUCAUGUUGACUUUGUCACAAAUCUUCUUCGCUUUGGUGCCGAUCCUUCUCUUCUAGAUGGUUAUGGCAAAAAUACCCUGGACUGGGCAGUUGGAAAUGAAAGCUUGUUACGCCAAAUCCAUAACUACUACCCUUCAAUUGUUAGGACACCUGAUAAUACUCAAGAGCUUGCUGUUCAUCAAUCCAUCCUCCAGAUCUCAGAUACGCUGCUUCGGUCUCGGCUACAUUUCCCAUGGCCACUUGUGCAGCAAUUAGGUCGCUAUCUAUUGUUUGUCAGCGACACCGACACUGCCCAAUAUCUAUUUCAGCUGCAUCUGUCACAGGAUACGUUCUUUGGCAUCCCCAUAUACAAGACUACGUGCGACCUUUGUACACAGGUUAUUGACGGCUCUCGCUUUGUGUGUAGAAUCUGCGCCCAUAUGGAUCUAUGCUCGUUCUGCGUGCAGACAUAUCCCUUCCAUAGUCGAUUACACCCGAAGCAAAAGCACAAGACUUUCGAAGUGUCACAUGUGCUUGACCGAGAGUCUCCGCUCACUACUUCAGCGCCAGAGAAAUUGAAAAAGCUCAUUGAUGGGCUUUCUGCGCCAAAUACCCAUGGAAGUGUGAAGGGGCCAGUACAUGAUUCCGUGGCUUAUCUAUCAUCCAGAGUCACGGUACCCAAAAUGACAGUUGUAACUUCAAUGGCUCUUCUAGGUCCAGUCUCAAUGUUCUGUCUUCUUUCAUUUGGGCUCAUAGCAGUUUCGUUUACAUACUGGUAUACCUUGAUCUAA